AUGGUGCUCACAUUGUGGUCUUUACGUCCACGCGACACCCAACCACCUGACCUACGUAAAGAAUAUAGUAAGCACAGACCUUGUGAUGCUAGGUUCUAUUUCAAGCUUUUGCACAUUCAAGAUAUAUCAUGGGGUUCGUUCACAAAUACGGUAUCUGGAAGGUCAUACAUAGAUGGGCUUGUGGAUCACUUUGAUUUUGUGGACAUGGAUGUGUUUUCAGUCCACGAGUUAGAUGAUAUGAUGGUAGUUUUAGGGUACAAUGAUGGAGGUAUAAUGUUUUACCAUUUCAUGAUCCCAGAGACAGACUUGGAGUGUGGAUUGUUACCCCUUGGCACCGAUCAGGAAGUCAUUCAACUGGCAAGAUGUAGAAUAUGGUGGGGAAAAAAUCUACAUGAUGUUGAGUUUCGUGAGGAUGAAUACAGUGGAAGUAAGGAAAGUGUUAGUGAGGGUCCUUGGAAUGAGUGUAGUAGGAGUGAGGGUAAUAUGACAGAUGAUGAGAGUAAGGAUGAAGACUUCUUUGUGGAUUUAGAAAAUAUUGUAGAUGACGUGGAUGUUGAUAUGAAAGAAUUUCAUAUACAUGUUGAUGAGGAUGUUGAGCGAGUUCAAAAAAUGACCAAAGAAGCACGUGGUAGUGGUGUUGACUUUACUGAAGGUGAAGAUUUGGAGGUCAUAGGCCCAGAAUCAUUUGAGUCACCUAUUGUAGGUGAAGAUAACAACAGAGAGAAGAUGUUGAGGGACAUAAGAAAUGCAAAAAGUUGUUUAGAGGGUGUAGUUCAUCCAAAGGCUUUCACAUUAGGACAUAAGUUCAAAACAAAGAAAAAUGUGAAAGAAUAG